AUGCAGUGUUCCUUCAAGGGUAUUAGGGGGAGGAUACUACCUACAGGAUUCCAGUCUGCUGCUGCUGCUGCUGCUGCUUUUCCUUGCCCGCAGCAGCAGCUGGUGCUGCAGAGGCAGCAGAGGCAGCAGCAGAAGGUGUUGCAGCAGCAGCACGUGCUGCAGCAGCAGAAGAUCCGCCAACAUGGCUGCGCCUGCCGGUCCAUUUUUUGCAUGCAUCGCUGCUUUUCUGCUGCUGCUGCAGCAACAGCAGCAGCAGCAGCAGCAGAAGGAGCAACAGCAGCACCUGCAGUAGCAACAACAACAGCAGCAGCAGCAGCACGCAGCAUUCUUGAAGGUUCUGUACAAGGAGAGCCGCCAGAAGGUCCUGCAGCAGCAGCAGCAGCAGCGCAUGCAGCAUGGGGGCAGCAGUUUGCUGAGGCAGAUGUGCUGCUACAUUUGCUGCUGCAGCUGGGUGCUCCAGCAGCAGCAGGAGCAGCAGCAGCAGCAACAGCAGCAGCAGCAGCCCAUAAAGAAGCUGUAGAGGAGAUAAACAGAUUGCCGCUGCAGCAGCGGUGGGAGGUAUUUGCUGCUGCACCCCUUUGCGGUGUGCUGCUGCCUGCUGCUCUGCUGCAGCAGCAACUGCAGCAGCUGCAGCAGCAGCAGCAGCAAGGAUUGUUGGGGGGCCCCCAACUGUCAAGUAUUAUUCGUUGUGCUUCUUUAGCCUUUGCAUUGGGGGCCCCUGGUCCUCCUGUUGCAGCAGCAGGAGCAGCAGCAGCAGAUCAAGCAGCAACAGACGCAGCAGCAGCAGCAGCAGCAGCAGCAGCAGAGCAUGCAGCAGCAGCAGCAGAAUUUCAUGUGCUGCUGCAGCAGAUACUAAAAGAUGAUUCCUUAAGUAUAAGCGGCAGCUGUGCUGCUGCUGCUGCUCUUUCUGUUGCUGCUGCUGCUGCAGCAAAGCAAGCCGCAGCAGCAGGCCAACCCGUUGCAACAGCUGCAGCAGGAGAGACACCAGCAACAGCAACAGCAGCAGCAGCAGCAGCAGCAGCAGCAGCAGCAGCAGCAGAUGCUGUCUCUCUUGUGUCUCAAUUAGCAGCAAUCUGCAGCAAAGACGAGAUGUCUCUUUCCUUUGAUUGUUUGCUGCUGCUGCGUGUUGCUCUUGAGCUACUUAGCUGCUGCUGCUGCAGCAGCAGCAACAGCAGCAGCAGCAGCAGCAGCAGCAGCGUGUUAUGGGCAGGAGAGAGCGACUUAUGGCUGCAGCAACUGCCAGGGUUUGCUGCUGCUGCUGCUGCUUUCCUUCGUUGCGUUGUGCUGCAGCAGCACGUUGCCCUUCCUCUCCCUCCGCAACAGCAGCAGCAGCAAAAGCAGCAGCAGCAGCAGCAAGAGGAGCAGCAGGAGCAGCAGCAAGAGGAAGAUGAGUUUCUAGAGGUUGAUGACCUGCAGCAGCAGCAGCAGCAGCAACAGCAGCAGCAGCAGCAGCAGCAAGAAGCAGCAGAUAGAGUCCCUCGUCAUAUAGGCCCAUUCGUAUGGAGUUGUAGAGUUGCAGCAAGACGGGUGUCUCUCUGCUAUGGGGAGAGGAUGGAGGCUCGUGGAGACACUGCAGACCAGCAGCAGCAGCAGCAGCAGCAGAAGCAGCAGCAGUAG